GAGGUCGUUAUAUACACCUCAACAAGGAAAUUAAAUCUGAACCGUUGGAGCUCAUUAAGUUGAAAUUAUAUCCCUAACGUCCACGUGUUAUAAUCUGAACCAUGCUCUUAUUUUCUUAUUUGAGCCUAUUCGAGCUCAUGACAGGUCUCCUAAUGAAAAAGAAAAAGAAAAAUAAGGUUUACCACUAGGAUUCCUUGGUGGAGAUUGGAGGAUCAACUUACAUAUUAUGACUGGCUCUAAAAAAUGGACAUAUCCCCCUUCCAGUGAUUACUUUUUAAAAGGAAUUUUUGCAUGCUAUCUCUGUAUUACAGAAUUUUCUGUUAAAAUUUCUUCAGCUACAGACAUUGCAGGUAAAUAUGUCCGCAUGGGCUUACCUGAAACUGACACUUUUUAUGUUCUUUCAGUAUUAAACCUAGGAAUACUUAUCUAUCAAGAACCCUUAUUGCUCUAUUGACUUAUGGAGGUGUUCCCAUGGAGUAUUUCUUUGAUAUACUUAAGAAUACUUUGGAGGAGACACAAAGGUUAUACUCAGAUGAGGUGACAGCACUAAAAGUUGCAGUGAACCAUAGAGAUCGUGAUGAUGCCUCUAUUGCCACAAGUAUGAUAAUGGCUGGAGUACCUCUCACUGAACCAUAUCUUUGGUGUUGUCUAUCUUCCCUGGCAAAGGAAGAAAGAAAUGGGCUGAAAGCAGGAAGACUUCCUAUCUCUGAUACUUUCUAUCUAAUGGGAACAGCUGAUCCCACUGAUACUUUAAAUCCUCAUGAAGUCUGUGUUAUUCUUGAACAUGGGCAAAUAUUUGGAGAGGUACUAGUAUACAGGAAUCCUGGGCUUCAUUUUGGUGAUAUCCACAGACUACGUGCUGUCCCUGUGAAGAACCUCGGAGACAUAGUUGGAAAUGCUAAAUAUGGAAUAUUUUUCUCGACAAAAGGUCCAAGAUCCGCAGCCACUGAAAUUGCUAAUGGCGAUUUUGAUGGAGAUAAAUAUUGGGUCUCUCAGAACCCCCAGCUGUUAAAAUAUUACACUGCAAGUACACCGUGGAGCCGAAUCUAUUCAACGCCGAAGACAUUGCAUAGGAAGCCCAACAACUUCUCUGCAGAGGAAAGGGAGCACGAACUCUUUCGGACAUUUCUAGAAACUAGGAUGCCAAACUAUAGCAUGGCUGACGCUUCUGCUAACUGGUAUGCACUCAUGGAUAGACUUCUGAUAUUGGGGAAAAAUAACACCACCGAGAAUGAAGAGACGAGGUCUGUGACAGAAAAGUUGUCCAAGUUGAUUGAUUUGUACUAUGACGCUAUAGAUGCACCAAAAAGUGGGAAUAAGGUCUUCAUACCAAAGAGGUUGAAGGUAGACAAGUUUCCACAUUUCUUGCAAAAGAAAGAAAGCUAUCACUCUACCUCAGUCUUAGGAGAAAUUUAUGACCGGGUUGAUAAAUUUAAAGCUGAAGAACCAACUGCUGUAGAAAUUAAGAAACUUUCGGCUUUUGAGGUCGAAAUCCCCAGGACAUACUUGAGGUUAUGGGAAGAAAGGUACAGAAAUUACAGACGUGAGAUGACGGAAGCGCUGAACACCAGCAGUGAAUCAAAAAAUGACUUAGCUGACCAGGUUAUCAAAAAGUACAAACAGCUGCUAUAUGAAGCGCCGGAUAUGGAGGAGAGCGUAGGGAGUAAAUCGGACAUAUUUAACCAUGCGCUUGCUAUUUAUCGCGUGACUUAUGAUUAUGCAAAAGCUAAAGGCGAUGUCAAAAAAUGUGGUUUUGCAUGGAAAGUUGCAGGUUCAGCCCUUUGUAGGCUUCAUGCUGAGCUCCAUGCUAAAGAACAUAACCAAAACGUCAUGGCCGUUUCACCUUCUAUAUUGCACAAAUUAUUGAACUUGAGGAACAAAGAAGUCUCUUAGCAUGUAAAUAUAUGUGUUGAUGAUUUAGUGUAUAUAUUGCUAUUUAGUGUAUAACCCACUUAUGAGAUCACACCGGCUAUGUUUUGUUGUAUAUUGCUAUUUAGUGGGUACCUAUUUUAGUGUAUAUAUUGCUUUUCUUGCGUUCUUA